AUGGAGAGAGGUGUCCAAAACAAUCUGAAUGAACGUAUGAAAUCUGGGGAACACUUGUUAUUUGAUCGUGGCAAGCCGCCUUCAAAAAUCCAGGGUUUAGCGUCUCGGGUAGUGGAUAUUGACGGCAAACCGAUCUUGCCAAGGAGAGGAGUUGUACCGUCGGCUGCUAGGGAUUCGGGUAAGUUUAAUGUCAUUGAUGAAUUGACAAAAAUUACUGUUCCAGUUGAUGUGAAUGUGAAUGCUUCGGUUCAGCCACCGGAGUUUGAGAAUGUGGAUUUAAGCUAUGCGACUUGGGUUAGCCAUGUUGAACAGCCGUGUAAAGCCUCGUCCUCCAAUCCGAUGUCUUAUGCUGAUACAGUUGUUGCUAAUGAUUUGAAAAAAGUUAACUUUAGAGCCCUUGCUAGUUCCGAUAAGCGAGAUGGUUGUGACAUUGUUUUGCCAAGGGAAUCUGUUCGGUCCGUGCAAGAUAAGCUGGCUAAUACUCUAUAUGGUUAUUUUCUAGGUGAUCGUCUUGCGUUCCCUGUUGUUGAUUAUUAUGUUCGAACCCAUUGGAAGAAGUAUGGAUUGCUGAAAACUAUGAUGAACGCAAAUGGAUUCUUCUUCUUUAAAUUUAACGAUGAAGUUGGUUUAUCGAAUGCUCUGAAAGAUGGGCCUUGGAUCGUUAGGUCACAGCCAUUAUUUCUGGAUGUUUGGACUCCAACAACCAAGCUAGAAAAGAAGGAGGUUAAAAAGGUUCAGGUGUGGGUCAAAAUUCAUGAAGUUCCUCUAGCGGCUUACACAGAGGAUGGUCUUAGCUUGAUUGCAACUACUAUUGGGGAACCGAAAAUGCUUGAUACUUUUACGACGUCUAUGUGUAUUGAUGCUUGGGGGCGAAGUAGCUAUGCUAGAGCAUUGAUUGAAAUCUCGGCUGAGAAUGAAUUUCGAGAGGAAAUUACAAUGGCUAUUCCGGAACCGGAUGGGGAGGGAUUCACGAAAGAAACUAUGUAUGUUGAGUAUGAGUGGAGUCCACAUAGAUGUGCUAGCUGCUGUGUCUUUGUUCAUUCGACUGAUAUGUGCCCGAAACAUCAAAAGAAACAACCUAAGGUGGUGUAUGAGAUUCAUAAUCGCAAUGGUCAAAAGAGUUAUCCUGCUAAGAAGGCUCCCAUUGUGGAUCAAGACGGAUACAAUGGAGUGUAUGGUAAGAAAGCGGCUAGGAAAGUUGGUAUUCCUGUUAAUAAACAAAAGUCUAAAUUUGAGUACCGACCCGUCGGUGCAAAACCUAAAGGUGAUGUAAGUAAAGGAUCGGAUCGUUUUGAGAGUAGAUCGAACAACCCUUUUGAUGUGCUUAAUGACGUGGAGGACGAGUCGGGUACUAGUAAGAAGAAAACGGAUGUGAAUAAUGAGGACUCUGAUGUGGAUGAGGUUAUUGAGGUGGAAACUGAAAUGGAUGGGUUUAUGACGGAGGGUACUAGAAAUACUAAUAAUAAAGGGGCAAGCACUCCUUCUCCGAAUGUUACCAAUGUUUUCCGAUCUUGGGAAUGGACUUCAAAUGGGAAUUGUUGUUCUAAGGGCACCAGAAUUAUUGUGGGAUGGAACCCGGCCAUUUUUGAUGUUAUGGUCUUGGCGCAAACUAACCGGGUUAUGCAUUUACAGCUAGUGUUCAAAUUGGAUAAAAGAAUGAUGUUUUGUUCUAUCGUGUAUGCUGAUAAUUAUUACAUGGCCCGGAGAGAUGUUUGGAAUAACCUUUCUAUACACAAAGUGCUUGUUGCGUGUAAACCGUGGUGCAUCAUGGGAGAUUUUAAUACGGCUCUCAACAUAGAGGAUAAUUCUAUGGGUUCGUCAUCGAUUUCAACUGGUAUGCGUGAUUUUCAGGAAUGUGUAGAUAAUAUUGAAGUCGUUGACAUCAACUGUAUGGGGAUUCAUUUUACUUGGAGUCAAAAGCCGAAAAAUGGGGUUGGGUUGUUAAAGAAGUUGGAUCGGGUUAUGGGAAAUACGAGCUUUAUUGCUGAAUUUCCGAGUUCUGUGGCUAUAUUUAAACCGUAUAGACUCUCGGAUCAUUGCCCGUGUAUCCUCUCGUUUCCGAAUGCGGCUAGACUAAAACCGAGGUCGUUCAAGUUUGCAAAUUUUCUGGUUUUUAAACCGCAGUUUCAGGAGAUUGUAAAGAGCAACUGGACUACAAAUGUUAAUGGUGUUCAUCAGUUUAAUGUGGUUAAAAAGCUUCGGUUGCUUAAGCGUCCGCUGCGUUCUCUCCUAUUUAAACAAGGUAACCUUCACAAAAAAGUUGAGAAGCUGCGAUCGGAUCUAGAUUUACUUCAGCAAAAGAUUGAUCAGAAUAAUGUUAAUGCUGAGUUGCGAGCAGCCGAGAUUGUUAUUAGCCGUGACCUCCAAGAAGCGUUACUUGACGAAGAGCGAUUUCUGAAGCAAAAAUCUAAAGUUGAUUGGUUAAGUGCGGGAGAUAUGAAUUCUGCGUUUUUUCAUUCUUCAUUGAAAAUGAAAAAUCAUUAUAGUCGCAUUGAAGCUAUAAAAGAUUCGGAUGGGAACCUUUAUGAGGGUGAUACGGUGUUUCACCCGUUUGUUAAGCAUUACGAGAAAUUUUUUGGUUCGCAAGGUGAUACAUCUCUUACUCCGGCUCCGGAUUUAUUUUCUAAAAGGCUCUCUCCUCAGGUAGCUCAUCAUAUGAUCCGCCAAGUCUCGCCGAAAGAAGUUAAAAGGGCGAUGUUCGGUAUUGGUAUUGAUAAAGCCCCGGGUCCUGAUGGUUACACUGCGGCGUUUUUUAAAAGUGCAUGGCCAAUUGUGGGUAAUGAUGUUACUUGUGCGAUCAUUGAUUUUUUUGAGACUGGUAAUCUUCUUCGUGAAUUGAAUCAUACUAAUAUCGUGCUGAUUCCGAAAUCUCCUACCCCGUCGACGGUAACUGAUUAUCGUCCGAUUGCUUGCUGUAAUGUGCUAUACAAAUGUAUCAGUAAAAUCGUUGCGGAUAGGAUUAAAGGGGCGCUAAAUGAUAUUGUUAGUAUAAAUCAAUCAGCUUUUGUUCCAGGUAGGCGAAUUUCGGAUAAUAUUCUAUUGACGCAAGAGCUAAUGCAUAAUUAUCAUCGAAAUGUGGGUCCUCCUAGGUGUGCUUUUAAAGUAGAUAUUCAGAAAGCCUAUGACACGGUUGACUGGAGAUUUCUGAAAAGUGUUUUGCUUGGUUUUGGGUUUAAUGAGAGGAUGGUUGCGUGGAUUAUGGUGUGUAUUUCGACUGCAUCUUUUUCUAUGUGUGUGAACGGAUCUGUGCAUGGUUUCUUUCCUGGAAAACGAGGCUUACGGCAAGGGGAUCCAAUCUCCCCUUAUCUAUUUACCCUAGUUAUGGAGGUUUUGACGGCUAUUCUUCACCAUGCGGUUCGUAUUGAUUCGUCUUUCAAGUUUCACAAUAAAUGUGAAAAACAGCAGAUUAUUAAUCUUUGUUUUGCGGAUGAUCUUUUCCUUUUUGCGAGAGGAGAAGUUAAUUCGGCCAGGUGUAUAAUGUCUUCUCUUUCUAAGUUUACAAAGAUGUCGGGUUUACAGCCGAGCAACCAAAAGAGUACGAUAUUCUUUUGUAAUGUCAAUGGCCAUGUUAAGAAUGCAAUUUUGGAUCUUAUGCCUUUUGUGGAAGGUAAGUUGCCGGUUAAAUAUUUGGGAGUGCCCUUGAUUUCUUCUAGGCUUGGGUAUAGCGACUGUCGAGUGCUUGUGGAUAGGCUUCAAAAGCGUAUAACUCAUUGGAGGAAUAAGUUGCUUUCGUUUGCGGGUAGGCUGCAGCUUAUUACUUCUGUUCUCUCAGCUAUGCAUAUUUAUUGGUCAUCUGUGUUUAUGUUGCCGACUCGAAUUGUCCUUGAGCUUGAAGCUUGUAUGCGGAAUUUCCUUUGGUCUCAAGAAAGCUCAUAUUCUAAAGGUAAAUCUAAAGUUUCUUGGAAGACCGUUUGUACGCCGAAGUAUGAAGGCGGAUUGGGUAUUAGACGUAUCGGGGAUAUGAACAAGGCUCUUAUGGCUUAUCAUGCUUGGAGUAUUGUCUCUAAAAGGGAGUCUUUAUGGGUGGAUUGGGUGCAUAGUUACAGGUUGAGAGGCAAGAGCUUCUGGAUAUGCAAAACUCCAGCUAAUUGUUGUUGGUCUUGGAGGAAGCUUGUGCAAUUGCGGCCUCUAAUUAGGAAUCAUUUAUGGUCGGAGUUAGGUAAUGGCGAGAACACUUCGGCUUGGUAUGAUUAUUGGAGUGAUAUAGGGCCGCUUGGGGAUUUUAUUUCGCCAAGGUCUAUUACCGAUGCUGAUUUUAGGCUAGAUGAUUCUGUGGCUAACGUCUACUCGACUGGUUCUUGGGCGUGGCCUUUGGCUUGGAGAGAUAUUUUUCCGGUUCUUAUUCAGUUGGACCAAGUUCAGUUAACCCCAAUGAAACAAGAUAGAUUGUUGUGGAGAGAUGGUAGCGACAUAAUGGAAUUUUCCUCUUCCUGUGUGUGGCACUCGUUUCGACACACGGCUCCGGAAGUGAAUUGGUGCAGGAUUGUUUGGUUUGCACAGUCUAUUCCCCGACAUGGUUUUUUGAUGUGGUUGGUCCUUAAAGGUAAACUUUUGACUCAAGAUAAAAUUCUUAAGUGGGAUAUUUCGCGGAGGAAGAACAUGAAUAUGAUGUGUUGCAUGUUGUGCUACCAGGAUUAUGAUUCACAUCCGCAUUUGUUUUUUGAAUGCAAGUAUUCGGCUCAGGUUUGGUAUAAUAUUCGAAACAAGGUAAACAUGGGGGAUGUUAGUUCCAAAUGGCAAGAGAUUGUGGACUGGCUGUUGGCUCGGGCUCGGUCUAAAUCGGCUAGGAAUUAUAUAGCCAAAAUUCUGGUUGCGGCUGCGGUGUACUUUAUUUGGCAAGAAAGAAAUGCUAGAACUUUUAAGAAUCAGUUGAGGCCUUCGGAGAAACUUAGUGAGAUUAUUUUAAAUACGGUCCGAUACAAGCUGAUGGGAGCUAAAUUAAGGGAUACCUCAAAUGUGAGAAGACUUCUUGAAGAGUGGGAGAUUCGUGGGAAGCAUGAUGAAGAUGAUGGCGGCUGA